GCCAAACUUACGGAAGAAAGAUUUACAGCAGAACCGAGAGCUGCAGCGAAACCAUAAACAGCUGAGUUAAAACCUGACACCUGACGGCUCUCAUGCAAACCAGGAAGAGAUGUGUUUUUUUCCCGUCCUCCGCCCUCCUCCUUUUGGUAACUAUGACGAGAGGCGGCGGCAGGUGACAGGAGGGCAGAGACGUGUCCAAACAUGGGUGGAGAAUGUGAGCAGGUAGACCGGAGAGUCCCUUCAUCACAGAGACGACUUUAAACAAACCUGCUGCGACUCAGGCACAUUUAAUAACCUCUGCACGCGGACACGGAGCUCUGCAGGAAGGAGACCAGUCGUCCCACCAUGGAAACACAGACAGAAACACAAAGGCCUAAUAAUGGCCAGCUGAUUUUUGUGCCUCACAAGGACACAAUCCGUCUGCUGGAGGUUUACGUCAAGCGCAGCCUCAGCCUAAAUGAGGGGACAUUGGGAGAUAGGAAGGCCGGGAGGAAAGAAAAGUGGGUGACAAUGCCGAGAAAGCAAAGGCGACAUUCGAGCGACCCUUCAAUUCACUUGGGCGAAGGAUUAAAUGAUGAGGAAAUUGGUCCGUUUGCUGCGGUCGAACCUCAAGUAGAUCACCCGGAGACACGCCCUGAGGAAUUAGAGAAACCCGCCAAAAAGUCAAAAAAGAACAAAAAGCCUUCCUUUUGGAAAAGUUUUCUUGGUAUUUUCUCUCGGAAAAGUAGCGACGACAAAGAUGAAGAGCAGGACAGUCCAUCAGAGAUACCUGAGGCCCCUUCUGUGGAAGAGGCCUCUGAGUCUGUCGUCACCUGUCUGCCCACAACUCCAGCCAUUUCACAAAGAAAGAAGUCCAUGGGACGAAAAUCAAUCAAGAGAAGGUUCUCCAAAAGGCGGAUAUCUGUGAUUAAACCUUUUAAAGAUCUCAACGUUGCUGACAUAACCCGAGUGGAAGAUGUGAUCAGCGUGGAACCGACAUUGUCCUACUAUGAGAAAGUGUCAGAGGAACUGGAAAAAAUUAUCCACGAGGUGAAAGAAAAAGAGGAAGCAGAACCUUUAUCUGAUGAGGAAGUACUCAACAGGAUCAUUGAUUUGACAAAACAGGAGGGCGAUGCCAUCGACGACAAGCUGAAAGACAACCCCACCCUGAGCAGCUUCUUCCAGAGGAUGUCAUACUCUUCGUUCCAGAAAUUGGCUGAUGCGUAUCUGGAGACAGAAGCAUCGCCGACCCACAAUCCUCCCACUGUUUUACCGACAGCACCUGAGCUUGUCAAGUUAGCCUUCACACUGGAUUUUACAGCCAGGAUAGCCGGGCUGUCCAAACAGAAUAUAGGUCACAUUACGGGCCUGGGGAACCGUUAUCUCCAGGACCGAUUUGAAUACCAACAGGCGUGUUCAGAUCAUCCAGUGUCUGACAGCGACGACUGAGAGGCAGCCAAAAACCAAAACCGCUGCUGCAUUUGAAGUGUGUGACUUUUCUCAGCGCCACACGUGUGGUUAAGGAUGUGUUGCAAGCAUUUCCCCUUUUUGAAAACAGAGGGGACCACCCAACACAUUUUAUGCUUGAAAACAACAGCUAGUUGUCAUUUUCAAUUGAUUUUUACUGUUUCAUGAUAGAAAACUUGUGUAAUUCUGCUGCAACAGGAUGUUUUCUGAAAAACCGGUCGAAUGGCUUUGGUAGAUUUGAGUAGGUAGUGUUGACUGAGGUCCUUCAUUGGGAGGAUCAGCUUAAAAAGGAAACACAGUACAUGUUGCAAAGACUCACAAACAGCUGAUUCUACAAUGACACUAAAAUGUGAUGCUUUUUUUUAAAGAAAUCCAACAGAGUUCUGCUCUUUCUGCUCAUUGAUUUGUAAUUAACAGAGCAAUGGAAUUAUGUAAAUAAGCUCAACAAUGGUGCAAUAAUUUUUUUUAAUGUGUAAGAUAAGCAAAACCUUAUUUAAUAGAAACUAAACUGAAAUGAUGAUUGAAUGCUGGCAUUCAUGGUGUAUUCUCAAAUUAAAUAUAUUUAAUACUGAAA